CGUUGACAAGACAGAAAAAUUCAGUUGAAAAGUCGGGUGGAGGUGCUUGUUGCGGAGGGCUCGAUCAAGGAGUAACACCUCUUUAGUUGAGGUUUUCAGAUCAGGCCAACGGCAUGGAUGAACACAUUCAGUAUCUGGAGACACUUUGUCGUCUUUGUGGCACAAAUCUGCCGCGGACCAGGGUCAGUGCUACAAACAAAGAAUCUUUCAAAUCGGAGCUCUGGAUGAAAUUUCGAAUUAAUGUCGAUCUCGACAGCCGAGAGAUUCAUCCAUCCUCUAUCUGCACGGGGUGCAAGCGAUUUCUGUAUAGAGUUCGCACAGUUUCCGAUCCAGAGGAAGUUGCCAAAAAGAAGGAACCACAUGUGUGGAGAAGCCACACUGAGGACAAUUGUCCUUGUAGGGCCAGCAAAUCUAAAGGAAAAGGGCGUCCCCGUAAGAUUUCCAAACAGCCCUUGGAAUGGAAAGCAACAGAAACUUGUGGAAGCGAAACCGAAAGUGGCGAGGACAACGAAUCAGAGGGGGAAAAAAAGUAUUGUCUGGGGUUCAGUGCCGUUAUGCACAACAUUGUGUUGAUGGAAAAAGAGGAAGCAGUUACAUGUGCCAGAAAGCUGGCAGAAAACUAUAAUUUCAUCUUCUUGGACAGAGAUAACAUGCUACAUGAAAUAAAUAAGCUAAGUACUGAAGAUAGACUGUUGCUUACUUCAACUAUUUUUCGCUCAGAAAAGGAAAAUGUGAAAACUGACAUCUUGUCUUGUAAUCAAACAUACAAGAAUCUAACUUCUAUGUUAAAUGUGACCCCUCAUACAUGGAUUCAGGCCAGAAACUCAGUUUUGACAUGUGCAAUCAAUGCCCUUAGCCACGAAAGUGCCAAGCCAGUUCAUAAGGCAGUAACUGUCGAUCAGCUUUAUUCUAUUGUGCAACCCUCUUUUGUAAGCCCAUUGAUGUUUGCUACAAAUCUCUUGGUAUACUCUGUGACACGUAGUAAACUUGCCCUUAAUAUCCAUGGUAAGAUCCACCCCGCUGGAGGAAACACCACUGUCAAAACCUGGCUAAAUAACUUAACAAUGGAAGUCCCUCAAGUUCCCUCUGGUGAUAUUCUGACAGCUAUUGACAAUGACCAGGUGCUUAUUAGGAAGUGGACUGUGCGUAAAGAUAACACUGUGUGGCACCUGUUUAUCCCAAUGGAACAUUGCAGUUGGAUUCAAAUCUUGCUCCAGGGUAAGAAACUCAUUUGA